UCAAAUUACCCUUUUGUGGAAAGUGGAAGGAUUUCUGUUGAAGAAGCCUUUCCCCCCCCCCCCCCCUUCUUUGGGGCAUUUUGUCAGACAGGUAAGGUGCAAAGUUCAAUACACUCCAAGAGAACAGGAACACUUGGGAAAUGGUUCCAUUACCACGACAGUAGCAGUGCAGCGGUGAAGAAGAAAGACAGGGCAAGAAUGGAGAGCGCGAGGAUACACUCUGCUGUAGUGGUGGCCGGUCUGGCGGCAGGGUUGGCCGCCGAGGCUGCAGCUGGAAAUUCCGGUGGAGGAGGCUCAUUAAUGAGCAUGGCUUUAGCUUCUGCGACGGAACUCAUUGCCUCGUACUGCAUAGAGCUAGCUGAGUUGGCCGGAGCCGAUCACGAGCGAGUCGGCUCGGUGGUGAGAUCGGGCGUCGAUAUUCGGAGCCCUAGUGAUCUUGUUACGCUCACUGCUGCAGCUUCCACAGUUUUAAGAGGAGAAGCAACUCUGAAAUCGAGAUUGCCAAAGGAAGCAACAAAAAAUGCAGCUAAUAGUCCUUACGAUUGGGCAAUGUCGGAUGUUGAUUCCACCUCAAGCUUGGUUUCACAGUCCCAAGACAAGCAGCAACUGACUCCAGCAUGCGAUGGAGAUCUUUUGCAGCCAACUACUAAAGGAGCACUGAGAUGGAAAAAGGUCUCUGUUCACAUCAACAAGAAAUCUCAGGUUGUUUAUUAA